UGGGAACUUAAACCAGAGUCCAGGAGGCCCCAGCAUAGGAGCCAAGAGAGACCUUGUUCUGUGACCAGAGAAUACACUUCACUCUGGUUCAACCCUCUGUCCCUCUCUUCACAAGACAAUGAACCAGAAGACCACCCUGGUGCUCCUUGCUCUGGCGGUCAUCACCAUUUUUGCAUUGGUGUGUGUCUUGCUGGCUGGCAGGGGAGGGGAUGGGGGUGAACCCAGCAUGCCGCCCCACUGCCCCUCCACACCUCCCAGUGCGCAGCCCUGGACACGCGCUGGCCAGAGCCAGCUGUUUGCAGACCUGAGCCCAGAGGAGCUGACGGCCGCGAUGAGCUUUCUGACCCAGCAGCUGGGGCCAGGCCUGGUGGAUGCGGCCCAGGCCCGCCCCUCGGACAACUGCAUCUUCUCGGUGGAGCUGCAGCUGCCCCCCAAGGCCGCAGCCCUGGCCCACCUGGACGGGGGGAGCCCCCCACCUGCCCGGGAGGCGCUGGCCAUCGUCUUCUUCGGCGGACAGCCCCAGCCCAACGUGAGUGAGCUGGUGGUGGGACCGCUGCCCCGGCCCUCCUACCUUCGGGAUGUGACCGUGGAGCGGCACGGGGGCCCCCUGCCCUAUCACCGGCGCCCCGUGCUCUUCCGGGAGUACCUGGACAUAGACCAGAUGAUCUUCGACAGAGAGCUGCCCCAGGCUGCCGGUCUCCUCCACCACUGCUGCUUCUACAAACGCCAAGGAGGGAACCUAGUGGCAGUGAACACGGCCCCCCGGGGUCUGCGGUCAGGGGACCGAGCUACCUGGUUUGGCCUCUACUACAACACCUCAGGCGCUGGGGUUUUCCUGCACCCCGUGGGGCUGGAGCUGCUGGUAGACCACAAGGCCCUGGACCCUGCCCGCUGGACCAUCCAGAAGGUGUUCUUUCAAGGCCGCUACUAUAAGAGCCUGGCUCAGCUGGAGGAGCAGUUUGAGGCUGACCUGGUGAAUGUGGUGCUGAUCCCAGACAACGGCACAGGUGGGUCCUGGUCCCUGGAGUCCCAGGCGCCCCCAGGUCCGGCUCCCCCUCUGCAGUUCCACCCCCAGGGCCCCCGCUUCAGUGUCCAGGGGAGUCGAGUGGCCUCCUCAUUGUGGACUUUUUCUUUUGGCCUUGGAGCUUUCAGUGGCCUGAGGAUCUUUGACAUCCGCUUCCAGGGAGAACGGCUAGCGUACGAGAUCAGCCUCCAAGAGGCCUUGAGCAUCUACGGUGGGAACUCUCCCUCAGCACUGCUGACCCGCUAUAUGGAUGGCAGCUUUGGCUUUGGCAAGUACUCCACACCCCUGACCCGAGGGGUGGACUGCCCCUACCUGGCCACCUAUGUGGACUGGCACUUCCUUUUGGAGUCCCAAGUCCCCAAGACAUUACGAGAUGCCUUUUGUGUGUUUGAACAGAACCAGGGUCUCCCCCUGAGGCGACACCACUCAGAUGGACACUCCCAUUAUUUUGGGGGCCUUACAGAGACAGUGCUGGUCAUCAGAUCUGUGUCCACUUUGCUCAAUUAUGACUAUUUGUGGGAUAUGGUCUUCUACCCCAAUGGAGCCAUAGAAGUCAAAUUCCAUGCCACGGGCUACAUCAGCUCAGCAUUCCUCUUUGGUGCUGCCCGAAGUUAUGGGAACCAGGUUGGGGAGCACACACUGGGCACCGUCCACACCCACAGCGCCCACUUCAAGGUGGAUCUGGAUGUAGGAGGACUGGAGAACUGGGUCUGGGCUGAGGACAUGGGCUUUGUCCCCAUGACGGUACCCUGGAGCCCCGAGCACCAGAUGCAGAGGCUGCAGGUGACCCGGAAGCUGCUGGAGACGGAGGAGCAGGCCGCCUUCCCCCUGGGAAGUGCCUCCCCUCGCUACCUGUACCUGGCCAGCAACCAAAGCAACAAGUGGGGUCACCCGCGGGGCUACCGCAUCCAGGUCCACAGUUCUGCUGGAGAGCCGCUGCCCCAGAACAGCUCCAUGGAGAGAGCCUUCAGCUGGGGCAGGUACCAGCUGGCCGUGACCCAGCGGAAGGAGGAGGAGCCCAGCAGCACCAGCAUCUUCAAUCAGAAUGACCCUUGGGCCCCCACUGUGGACUUCACUGACUUCAUCAACAACGAGACCAUUGUUGGAGAGGACUUGGUGGCCUGGGUGACAGCUGGUUUCCUGCACAUCCCACAUGCAGAGGAUGUCCCCAACACGGUGACUGCGGGGAACAGUGUGGGCUUCUUCCUCAGACCCUACAACUUCUUUGACCAGGACCCCUCCUUCGAUUCUGCUGACUCCAUCUACUUCCGGGCGGGCCAGGAUGCUGGGGACUGUGAGGUCAACCCCCUGGCUGGCCUCCCCAAGGCUGCCGACUGUGCCCCCGACCUCCCUGCCUUCUCUCAUGGGGGCUUCUCUCACAACUAGGUGGUCCCUGGGAUGGGGACUGUGUCCAGGGCCCAGGACCAGGG